CGGUUUACCUACCAUUCACGGUCUUUACCUCCAUCGCACUAGACCUCUGUCGGAUUUUAAAUGCGAUCUUCAAUUUUUUCAACAUUGUUGUCCGUCGUAGUCGUUUCGUUGUCUUAACCGUCUUUUUGCUUGUCGUACCUGUUUAAAAUCGGGGUGGUUUAAAUUUAUGACCAACAAAUCGUCGAUUGUCAGAAAAUAUUCAUUACUUUUAUUACCAAAUUACAAUAUUGUGUGAGAAAAAGAGAAUUAUUACUGUCGAGGAUCUCUUUGAGACCCCUACGCAUUUAAUAACAAGAAAUAGGUUUUAAGCCUCUACCUAAUGUGUGAAUUGUGAGAUAGUUCUGUGGAAGUGAUAAUCAAAAUAAUGCCCCUAAUUGACCUUUUUAACUCUCCCUGAGUAACAGGUCCUUUUUCUUCUCUUUGGAUAAAAAAAAAAAAAUAUAAAAAUCUUGGAUAUUCCUGGAAAAACUAUUUAAAUCUUUUUUUCAAGCCACAUCGACUCUUGUACCUGUUGAGGAUUUAAUAUCGUAAACCUUUUUUUGUGGAUUUUCCCAGCUCUAUUAUGAUCAACUGGCGACGAUAUUUCCUCAUAAUCACUGUCACAGUAUUCCUUCACUUCGUGAUAGUCCAAUCAGUAACAGAUCAUUUAGUGCCACCUCCACCACCAGUACCAGUACCAAAACAACAUCUACAACCUUCAUUAGUAAAUCAACCAUCACCUCGCGGCGGACCACCUCGACCGCCUCCACCCGGAUAUCAACAACAACAAAAUCGAUAUCCAAAUUCUCAACAACAGUCAAAUAAUGAACCACCUGGAUUUAUGCAACGCAUAGCUCGAUGGUUUGGUUUCAACAAUAACAACAGUGCCAAUGAGCAACAAAAUCAAGCUUCACAACAAUAUGUCCAAUACAAAGAAUCUCCAAGAGGUGGCCAACAAAAUGGCCAAAAGGCAAAUUGUGGACUUUGCAGUAAAUAUCCUUGGGUACCAAUGUUUCCAGGUCAAAUUCAAUAUCCUCUGUCGAAACACUAUCAAUUACCACAAGCUAAUCAGAUACAUCAAGUUCAAUGGACUCAACAACAAGAGUUGUUGCAUCAACAACAACUUCAAAGACAGCAACAAGAAUAUCAUCAAAAGCAACAAAAACAACAACAACAACAGUACCAUAAUCAGCAACAACAACAGCUUAGCAGGCAACAACAGGAACAACAAAAACUUGCAGGAUACAAUUAUCCCCAACAUCAAAAACAGUUACCAGUGUAUCCACCUUUGAACACUGCUGAAACACAAUACGCUCCAACACAUUUCCAACCGCCAUUAGUUCAGCGGGCUAUUCAAUUUAGUCCGCCACCUUCUCAAGAUUUUCUUCCUCCACCACCAUCGCCACCGAUAAUUCAGAAAGGAAAUCCACCUCCAGCGUUCAAUCCAGGAAAUUCACCUCCAUCAUCGUUUAAUCAAGAAAAUCCACCUCCACCAUACAAUCCACAACCACAUUUUGCCCCAAUACCUCUUCCGAACUUAAGCCCCUCAGCUUUACCACCAGUGUACGAUGCACAACCAUUUCGACCAAUCGAACAGGAGAAGUUGGAUCCAACACAAUUUCAACAGUUACCGAAAUAUCAGCCCUCUGUGGAGUUCCAGAAUCAACCACAAAAUCUUCAAUAUGAAGAGCAACAACCUCCUCGAUUUGAUAAUCCACCACAGUUCCAACAAGUCGUUCAAACCAACGAACAUCCUCCAAUUGAACAUGUUGCAGCUUCAUCCGAGAUUCAAACCGCUUAUCCAACACAAAUUCCACCGAAUAACUUCAUCAGCCAGAAUCAAGUUCAGCAAACUCAAACCACACCUAGUUUCGAGAUCGUAAAAAGCCAUCAGCUGACAAAUUUCGUCUCGGAAAUCGAGUAUCCAGCUAACUUUGUGGAAUCACAGUCAAUUGAUGUUGCUCCACAACCUCAAACAACAACUUUGAGGCCCGAAGAAGAUCUAAGGCAACCUGUUACAUUGACCGAACUCGGCUCAUACUCACAGCAAUAUACUGUUCCACCAUCAGAGGAAUCGCAGAGUCUUCCACCUGAGGAGCCUUAUUCGGAUUCCGACUCCAUUUACUAUCAUAAUCAUCAAGAAAUCGACAACAACAACUAUGCCCCAGAUAACUACCCAUCGGCAUCAUCUCACAACCUUUCGGUUCAGAAUGACAAUCUUCUUGACAUCGACCCGAUACAGCACUCUUCUUCGGAGAAUUAUCUUCCCCAGAAUGAAAUCUUCCUUCCGACACCGGAACCAACUACUCUGCAACCUCAAUUUGUCACCGAUAUCCAGCAGACAACGACUACAGUUGAAAUCGUUCCAUCACUACAGACAACCUAUUCCCAACGCUUGAAUUACAAACGGGACAGAGAAACUCCCAAAAGACUCCUAGAUUCUCCAAUUCACUACUUGCAACAUGGCGGAAGUUCACCACGACCAUUUACAAGAGACCCGGCAAGUCUGCACAUUCGGAGUUCAACUGAAGAACAGCCGGUUUAUCAAAACCAUCGUGAAGACGAACCAUCUCCAACACCAACUCCAUGGCACAUGCAACCAACUCCAACAUCAACCUACACUGCAAUUGAAGCCAGUGGUCAUUAUGCUGGUAUGACUCCACCAGUUCAACCAGGUCCAUCGAAAAAAUACCAUCAAAUUAUAAUUCCCUAUACAACCAAACACAAACCCCGGCCGUUUACACCGAAAGAACAAGCCGGUCGGUAUGAUAACUGGUCGACAUCGAGCGAGUUCGAUCCACACGAACAACAAGAAUCGAAAGUUGUAACAGCAACUCAGGCACCAACUCAUCGAACAACAAAAUACUUGACGAAAAUUCUAGCCUCAAAUUUGAGGGAACUUCUUAAAAAAGAGCAUGAAAUAAAAAAUAGGUCAAAGAACGGUUUUGACUUGUCAAAACUUCAAAAUACCAUUGACGAUUGGACAGAACAAGAAUUCACCUCACUUUCACAUAGAGCUAGUACGGUGUCGCUAAGAGGACACUCGAAACAUAUUCCAACAGAGUAUUUGACAACAACGCCAUCUUUACGUGAAGCUAAGACAACAGUUUUCGCACCAAAUCAUCAUGAACCGCUUUUGUACAAAGAUCGAGGUACCAGGCGUUAUGAAUUUAAUCCUUUUGAAGAUAAUCGAAUAGAAGAGAUUGAAGCAACCUCUAUGACACCAGUUCCUAGUACAAGUACAACAACGACGACAACAACGCCAUCUACACCGAUUUCUACCACAACAACAACGUCAACAACAACGACGACAACAACGGACCCACCUUUGGCAAGUCCGUAUUACAUUCGAGCCAUUUCAACAACGCCCUCUACAACGGAGAACUGGAACAAAGCAAAAGUUACAGUGUCUCCACUUACCAAAGAGAAGAUCUAUGUUGUAACACCGCAACCUGGUAGCGUGGGAUCUUUUAAGUCACCUCGGUUUAUAGUGAGACCAACGCCAGCUAGUGCUGGUUCAAAUAUUUCACCAAAACCAACACUUUACACCCCAGAACUAUUCGGUUUGAUGGGAUUGUCAGCUUAUAUACCAGCAGCUCCAGUGGAAACAUUCGAUGGACAUUCAAAAGUUAUAACGGUAGUAACGCCAUCGAAUAUUUCGAAAGGAUCUGAUAACAAUGAAGUGGGAUCUUCCAAUGAGAUAGAAUCGAAAAGUUCAUCUAACAGUGAUCACAGUAGCAGUAGCAGUUAAAAAAAAAAGAGCAGAUUGAAAUAUUUUGAUAUUUUUAUUGUUGUUAUUGUUGAUUGUUUUGUUUUUGGUUUUGGAUUGAAUUGGAUUGGUGCAAUUGUUGGGUCCUUGGGUUCUUGUAAGAAAUUAUUCAAAUUCUUCCCUACAUUAUAAACCUUUUUUUUUUUAUAAAAUUUUGAUGGUGGAUCCUGCUUUGUUAAAGAAGAACGUUUUUUUUUUGUUUUUGUGUUAACUCGUAAGGUGCCAGUGUGUUGGGAUAAAUAUGUGGUGUGAAUGAUGUGACUGUGAAUUGUAUGAUGUGAAAUGAAAAAUGCUUUGUAGUGUAAAUAAAUUACUAUCAAAAGCGGUAAGGAAGUGCAGUCAUUCCGGAAUCUAUUUUUUAUUGAUUAAGAAAAAUCCCAAAUGUGAAGACAUAAAAUCCAAUGUAUCAUUUAAGUGUCAAAGAGCACUAAGUUCGAAAAUAUUUUUGCAUAUAUCUCAUCCUGAAAUAUAGGUCUAAAUAUUUUUCUUAUCACAAGGUUGGUAAACAUUAGAAUGUAUGAGUAAAUUGAUGUGGGGCUUAUGUCCCACAGCAUCGAAUUCCCAAAUGACUGCAAUUUCUUACCGCAUUUAAAUUAGAAUUCCUGCUUUUGAUUAAAAUGUAUUUCCUUAUAAUUUUAAGUUGUUGCUCAAAAAAGCUCUUUAUUUUAGAGAAAUUUUCUAAGCUCAUUCAACGUCAUGGUUGGGUUUUGUAUACAAGGUUCAACUGAACAUGCUGUAAUCUUGCUAAAUCAUCAUUAAAAUAGCAAUAUUCAUUAUUAUACAUAAAUUUAGAAAAAUUAGUCAACAAAAUGUAUGGUUUGAUGUCAAAAAAGAUAUUUUCUUAAUCAUUUUU